UCAUAAAGCGCACAACGCCCAAGCUGCCCUGCGCUCCCUCUCCGCGCAUGCGCCCCGCAGCCCGGGCUGUCGCUCCCUGGCUGGCGGCUGCGGCGAGUCCCCGCUAUGGAGUCCUACGAUGUGAUCGCGAACCAGCCCGUGGUGAUAGAUAACGGCUCAGGUGUGAUCAAGGCAGGUUUUGCAGGUGACCAGAUACCGAAGUACUGUUUUCCAAACUAUGUGGGCAGACCAAAGCACGUUCGUGUCAUGGCUGGUGCUUUAGAAGGGGACAUUUUCAUUGGGCCAAAAGCAGAGGAGCACAGAGGUCUGCUCUCAAUCAGAUAUCCCAUGGAACAUGGCAUAGUGAAGGACUGGAAUGACAUGGAGCGCAUCUGGCACUAUGUGUAUUCGAAAGACCAGCUUCAGACUUUCUCAGAAGAGCAUCCUGUGCUCCUGACGGAGGCUCCCCUGAACCCACGUAAGAACCGAGAGCGAGCCGCUGAGGUUUUCUUUGAGACCUUCAACGUGCCAGCACUUUUUAUCUCCAUGCAAGCGGUGCUCAGCCUUUACGCUACAGGGAGAACCACAGGGGUGGUGCUGGACUCCGGAGAUGGCGUUACCCAUGCAGUUCCUAUUUACGAAGGGUUUGCUAUGCCUCACUCCAUUAUGCGGAUCGAUAUCGCUGGCCGCGAUGUAUCCCGCUUCCUUCGCCUCUAUCUCCGGAAAGAAGGCUACGACUUCCACACGUCAUCAGAGUUCGAGAUCGUCAAAACCAUCAAAGAGCGUGCCUGUUACCUGUCAAUAAACCCACAGAAGGACGAGACGUUAGAGACCGAGAAAGCCCAGUACUACCUGCCAGAUGGAAGCACUAUUGAGAUCGGCCCUGCCCGUUUCCGAGCCCCCGAGUUACUAUUCCGGCCUGACCUGAUUGGAGAAGAGUGCGAGGGGCUGCACGAGGUGUUGGUGUUCGCGGUUCAGAAAUCGGACAUGGACCUGCGGCGAACGCUCUUCUCCAACAUUGUGCUGUCCGGGGGCUCCACGCUCUUCAAAGGCUUUGGAGACAGGCUCUUGAGCGAAGUGAAGAAACUAGCACCCAAGGACGUCAAAAUAAGGAUAUCUGCUCCUCAGGAGAGAUUAUAUUCCACGUGGAUCGGUGGUUCUAUUCUGGCCUCGUUGGACACCUUUAAGAAAAUGUGGGUUUCAAAGAAGGAAUACGAAGAAGAUGGAGCCCGUGCCAUCCACCGGAAAACCUUCUAGCCCUGGGACCCGUCCUACACUCGCUUUUCUGAGUCCGAGUGUCUGUGAGGAGCUGCGUGUGUGUGUGUGUGUGCGUGCAGAGCAUGGCCCUGGAAUGUCAUGGAGCAAACAGGAGAAGGAUUAGAUCACCCUUUUUUUUUGUUGUUUGUUUUUUGUUUAUUUUAAACUGUAGGAGGAAAAAUAACGAGGCCCCAUUUCUCCGGUCAGCCCCAUUCCUUUUACCUUCACUCCUCUCACGGCCACGUCUGUCACUCUAGAGAAAGGGAAUGGCUUAGAAAUGGAACAGCUGGACAGAAGGGAUCCGACCACUGCAAGGCAACCAGUCAGGUUGUAGUCACGUAGCCAAAGACUCCAAACCCUGGCAUGUCCUUACCCUCCGGCACUCCACAGCACUGGCUGCUUCGCCCUGCGGGGGAGCCCAGCAGUCUCUCUCUCACCGGCCAGUUCAGUUUUUUUUUUUUAAAUAUAUUUUUAUACAGAAAAACACAUUAGGAGCAGUUAUAACUCUUCCCCACCCCCCCCUUUUUUUUUUUGU